AUGAGAACAAAGCUUACUAAGGCAGUCGAUGUUUUUAAUAUAGAUGCAGUUGCUAUGUUGGCAAGUCAAGUGAAAGUGUUAAGUAAAAAGAUUGAUGGUUUGAGUUGCAAUAAACAGGUUGUUUACCUUGUAACACUGGAACCAACCCAAAAGAGCCAUGUCCACGCAAUCACUAUACGAAGUGAAAAAGUGUUAGCGAAGCCUGAAAAAAAGCGGAAUUUAGAAGCUGUUGAGAAAAAAGAUGAGGUUGCGGAAUGCAAGAAAAGAUGGUCCAAAUCUUAUUUUCCUCUUCUAAUUUCAUCACACUUCCCUCUCUCUCUCUCUAUAUAUAUUAUCCCAACUUACAACCCUAUUUUCCUCCUCAAGUUUCCUCCCACAUCCCCCAAUUAUAUAUUUUAUCCCAACAAACAUCUUCCCAAUCCCAAACUCGAUCCGAUCCAUCCCCCAUAUCUCUCCCUUCAUAUUGAUUACCCGUGGCACCUAGCUAUCUAUCAAAGUAUUUUAUGUAUCUCCCAACUACUUAGCCUAUACCACUCAUUCAAAAUCUUUGAGAAAAAUAAGGUGGAUCAUCGAAGGCAUGGGAAACGGCCACUUCCACCCGAAACAUCGGCGGAGAAAAGACAAGGACCCGAUGAGUUCGGAACAGCUUCUUGGCCUGAAUCAGCUGAUACGUCAGCCAUCGUUACGGCUCUUACUCAAGUGAUAGGCAGCGAUGAUCAGCAGCUCAUUGGUUUCCCACAAUCAUCGGCGCCCUCCUCAGCACAGCCACACACUGGCCCUCCUCAACUCGCAGUUCAAGAUCAAGAAAAUACAAGAAAGAGACAUUACAGAGGAGUGAGGCAAAGGCCAUGGGGCAAAUGGGCGGCUGAAAUUCGUGACCCAAAGAAAGCAGCCCGAGUCUGGCUCGGCACGUUCGACACAGCUGAGGAUGCAGCUCUUGCAUAUGAUAAAGCAGCUCUCAAGUUCAAAGGUACCAAGGCCAAACUAAAUUUUCCCGAACGAGCUCAAUGGAAUAUGGAAGCGCCGAGUCCAGGAGAUUCAAGCACCAUGCGACCUGAACAAAACCCUACACCACUAGCCCCACCUUCAUCAUGGUCUCAGGAUUCAUAUCCCCACUUGCUUCAAUAUGCACAACUCCUUUCGAGCAGUAACGAUGCUGACAUCUCCUAUUAUACUUCAAAUCUCUUCAAUGAACAGCAACCUUUAUCUCCACAGUUUCCUUCGAUGUCUGCAUCAUCACAGCACUACCAGCAAGACCUCACAAGAUUUUCAACCGAGUACCAGAGCUCUGACUAUCAGGGGCAAUAUGGAAAGGACUUUGAUCCAAGUAACAGAAGCCAGUAAGAAAUUAUUAGUAGCCUUUUUCUUCAAGUUCUAACUCAAGAGAAUUUGAUAAAUCUACUUUACUACAACUACACAUUUGAUUAGGCCGGGAAAUAGGAUAAUACCGUAAGCACUCCCAUUUCAUACUUGCAACGCCCACUCUUUUAUGUAUUUUAUAACUUUCCCAUCACAUGAUCCCUAUUGGACAUGGCGAUUAGGGGUUCUUCAUUUUCUACCUUCAAUGGAAAGUUGGAUCAACAAUCGGGCAUGUUAGUUCAGUUGAUGUUGUUUUGAUCGAAUUUGAAUGACGUAAAUAGGGUAAGAGGAGUUUGGUUUUAAA